UCCGCCGCCGUCCCGGCGUGCCCCGCGCUCGGCGCUGCUGGGGCCGCUCUGGCGCUGCUGCCUCUCACCGUGCCCGCAGCCAGCGCCGGCGGCCGCGACUCGGCGGGAAGAUGGCGGCGGAGGCGGCGGAUUCGUGGGACGCCGACAGCUUCGAGGUGGUGGAGCCGGUGGCGAAGCGGCUGGUGCCGGGAGUGGCCGUGGACCGCUGGGCCGGCGAGGAUGAGGAGGACGACGUGAAGGAUAACUGGGAUGAUGAGGAGGAAGAGGAGGAAGUAAAGGAGACAGAGAUAAAACAAGAGCCCAAAGUUUCAGAAAAAAAGAAAAUAGCAGAAAAAAUAAAAGAGAAAGAGAAGCUACAGAAGAAGAAGCAAGAGGAGCUGAAAAAGAGGUUAGAGGCACCAGAGGAACACAAAGAGCUUACACCAGAGGAACAGCUAGCAGACAAACUACGGCUAAAGAAGUUACAGGAGGAGGCAGACCUGGAGUUAGCAAAAGAAACAUUUGGUGUAAAUAACACUUGUGGAAUAGAUGCCAUGAAUCCCUCUUCUAAAGAAGACUUCACGGAGUUUGGCAAGCUGCUCAAGGAGAAGAUCUCCCAGCACGAGAAAUCCUUACAUUAUGCCAGCUUCUUGGAAGCCUUAGUCCGGGACCUCUGCAUCUCCUUGGAAGUUGAUGAUUUGAAAAAGAUCACAAACACUCUGACAGUACUAUGCAGUGAAAAGCAGAAGCAAGAAAAGCAGAAUAAAGCCAAAAAGAAGAAAAAAGGGGUGGUGCCUGGAGGUGGCUUAAAGGCGACGAUGAAAGAUGACCUGGCUGACUACGGCGGCUACGACGGAGAAUACGUACAAGACUUUGAAGACUUCAUGUGACACUGAUCUCCCCUUCUGUUGUCUUUCUGUUGCCCAUAAUCCCUUAAACAUGUAGCACAACUUCUCUUCCUUUUCAAUUCUGCCAAAUGCUACAAUCAGAGUCGCAGUAUCUCCGUGCUGGGGGCUUCACUCUCGCUGGGCUUCCCGCUCUGCGGGUGGGGGGUGAGGAGGAAGACAGCUGACAAACCUCUUGAAUUACAGCUUCAAAACCCCAACAAUUCUGAUGAUGGUAACUGUUGCUGUUUGGCCUUGACAGUAGUGACAGCCACUGAAACUGGGAGAUGAACCUGAAACAGGGUGAAGUAUUCCUGCCAGCACAGCUCAGUGACACGGCCUUAACUGUACCUCCUUGGUGGACACGAGCAGUUUGCAGCAAGGGCAUGGUGUGCACUUAGUGUUAAAAUUGCUUUGUCUUGACUUAGAGCUUG